UGUACAUGUAGUUGCUUGUACGGUAAUGUCAUAAAUUAAUCGCCGAUACCGUUCUUCCAUGCAUAGAGUAAGGAAAUAAUUCCCUCUGGUCCUCUCAGUGGGAAUGAGUUCUAUCCGGAUUCGCAGGAUGUCUCGGCCUGUAGUGGCUCUGGUCUUGACAAUUAGUUGUGUUUGCUGGACAUUUUUAGUCGGAUUCCUGUUCAGUCAGACCUCCACCACAACGUUAUUGUACCACCGGGCCCGUGCAUCCGAAGUCACUCGUCCGUGGAAUGUGACCGUGCUAAGCAGGGUUUCCCCUUGUCGGCCCCAGCACCGCAUCGUGUACAUCAAGACCCACAAGACCGGCAGUUCAACCGUCACCAACAUCCUCGAGCGGUACGGCUACCUGCGAGGUCUCAACUUUGCCUUGCCUAAAGCGCUGUCCUUCUCCGCAACGAAGAAGUUUGACCCUUCACAAGUCUACCUAAACUAUCUGAAGGAUGGAAACGGUAGUUCCAUUUGGCCGGCACUCGGAGGGUUUCACCUCGUUGUCAACCACCUCAGAUAUAAUCGCAAGGAACUGGAGGCGACCAUACCCAAUGCUGUCUACGUCACAAUUAUAAGGGAGCCCGCCUCCCAGUUCUUAUCGGCCAUGUGCUACUACAAACUCGGUUCCCAGGGGAAGGCCAAAUCAAUGGCGGAUACCUUGGACAUCGCCUUGGCCGAUCCGGAGAAGUACCUCAACGUGUUUGCGAGAAACGGGCACGCCUACGAUCUCGGUAUGGAUCCCGCGUCCUUCUCUGAUCCCGUCGCGGUGAACAAGACCAUCGAGUCGCUGAGUCGGGAACUCGAUCUGGUGAUGAUCACCGAGUACUUUGACGAGUCUCUGAUUCUGCUGAAGAAACUCCUGUGCUGUGAUUUCGAGGACAUCCUGUACAUAGCAAAAGGAGUCGGCAAAGGCUGCGCUUCCAGAAACAUUACUUCGGACGCCAGAGAGAAGAUCCGGAGACUGAACCACGUGGACGUGAAGUUGUACCAACAUUUCAAUAGGACGUUCUGGGACAAAGUCAGAGAUUACGGCCCUACCUUCCAGCAAGACUUGCGGUCGUUUCGGGAAAUCAAGGAGGCCAACACGGAAAUGUGUUUGACAGGCGCAAGUGAACGCAUUGACGGACACAGUGCGGUCGUUCUUCGGGUUGGGAAAAAUGCCUCCGAGAAAUGUAACAAUUUAUUUCGAGAAGAUGUUCAAUGGGUGUCGAUACUUAAAAGGUACAUGCAGAACAAAAGUUCUACUUUUGUUAAAGGAAUAGACAAGCGUCAUUAACUUUCUUUUUCGCUUGUUUUCAAAAUACUUGUUUUACAGUCAAGAAAAAUGAAUAAUUAGAUUGUUGAGUCCCGUUUACUUUUCUAGACCAUAUUCAAUCUGGUUGUGCAAUCUUUGCUUUCACUCACGUCUUCGAAAUUUGAGAAACGCCUUCUUUUUAUUCUUUUAAGUUCACAUGCUCCCAUUCACCAGGGGCGUAUUUCGGCGCCCUGAACCAUGAACUCAUUUCAGCGUUGUCGGAGUUGGUUCAGGGCAGAUUCAAAAUGGCGACAAAUAAACAGUUUUUGUCGCCCCUCAAAUGAGUGAUUAACAUAAUGAAAAAUUUGUUUUUACAUGCCGAGAAUUCAAAGCGAUACUUUCUUCUAGAACGUACAUAAAAAGAGAGAGCAGCACUGAUUAGAAACAUGCCGAAUAUUUAGUGAAAAUGAUGUUGAUUAAUUAACAUUGCCGUCUGCUUCCUUGCGCUUGCCUCUGUCAGAUGAGGUAACCGUUUCUGGUUCCUUGUUUUCGUGUGCCACUCAUUAACA